AUGAAACAGUUGCUGGAGGAGUUUGCCCAGGACUCCUCCUACGUGCAGCACAAUGCUCCUCUGCCUGUGCUGUUCGGCGUGCGCAGCACUGCACUGUUCUCUAGCGACGCUAGCGUUGGGAAAGAUAUGGUUACGCAUGUAGCUACACCUCUUAACAUUUUACAUUUAAUUAAAGUAUUAUGUAUUUCAGGACAAGAAACUUCAGUUCCUAAAUCUAAUCACAACUCAAAUCAGUGGCACUGUGAAAGAAGAUUUCAAGCAACCUACCCCCCAGCAGGUUGCAGGACUUUCGGGAAGCCCUUGCUGGGGCCAUGCCAUUUUGAUGACCCCCAUAAUCACUGUGGAAACAACAGUUUCCACACAACCCAUGCCGAGAACAGCCCAGUGAGGCCCCGCAUACUGACGGUGGUGAGGCCAGGCAGGAGGACGCACCUGAGGAAGAUCACUAUCCUCCUCAACAGGCGCUCGGUGCAGACCUUUGAGCAGCUGGUCGCGGACAUAUCUGAGGCUCUUGGGUACCCUCGCUGGAAGAACGACCGCGUCAAGAAGCUCUUCAACCUGAAGGGCAGGGAGAUCCGGGGCGUCUCAGACCUCUUUCGCAGUGAUGAGGUCUUUGUGGCCAGUGGAAGAGACAAGCUGUCCUUGCAGGACAUCGAGGAGGUCCUGGAGGAGCUGUACCCAGACAGCCCAGGUUACCAUGGCCACGUGUUGCAGAACUGGGAGAGGGUCCUUGGACAAGCGGUCAACGCGUCCAAGGCUGACAGCGGUUUCCACGAGGAGCUGGAGCCCGCUAGAAAUGUCGUGCCGGCAGCAGCCGAGGGCUUCCAGAGAGCCGGGGUCAAAGCCUGCCAAGAGGAGAGGCAGAGAGCAAGGCAGCAAGAGAAGGACAGAGGAGAGGGCCGGCAGGGUGAAAAGACCCAGACGAGAAGGGCAAAGGAGGCCUUCCUUCCCAAAGUUAAGAUUGAAAAGACUGAAAAACUCAAUGCAAUAUAUGCCCCCUGCACAAGCUACUGCAAGAACUGUAAGCGAGGCAGAGGUGGACGACAGCGUGGCCUGAUGAGAGGACGGGUCUCAUCUCCCACCAGAGACAGCCAGGUUGGGGAGGAGGACCAAUCCCUGGAGAUGAGAAGGGCACCGCAAAGAUAUUCGCGCAGUGUUCAUGAGCGACCUUGGGAGAGGCUGAAGGGCCGGGAGCGCAACAUCAUGGAGAGCCAAGAUCGUGGCGAUGGCUCUUUUGGCCCCAAAAGAAAGGAGGUACAGAGCAGGAAGAUGUAUAAUGAUAGACAGCAGGAUGCCGAUGAAGAGACACCAGCUGGGAUUAAGGAGCCUCCUGAAGCUGAGCCUGGAAAAGCAGCUCAUAAUCCUCUCAGUGAUGGACAGACUAGCACAGUGAAAGAGAACAGCUUCGUCUCACUUCCCGCUUCUGAACAUUCGCCAGAACAGCAUGGGGAUAAGAGUUUGCAAGAAAACUUGGAAGAGACAAAAGAGGGUGCUUCUGAGGGAAAAGAGCCUAGGAAGAACCUUGAGACAGGGACUCAAUCUGAAAACGACCUUGAUGCCAUGCUCCCGCUGGGGCCAGUGAGCACGCAGGGCGGCAUCGAGCAGCUUUAUGACAUUGGCCGCGUCAUCGGGGAUGGGAACUUUGCUGUGGUGAGGGAGUGCAGGAUGCAGAACUCCGACACCCGCUAUGCCAUGAAGAUCAUCGAUAAGGAAAAGCUGAAGGGGAAAGAGCAAAUGAUCCAGAACGAGAUCUCCAUCGUCCGAAGUCUCGCGCAUCCGCACGUGGUGCGGCUUCUGAGGGACUACGAGACAGAGGACCAGAUCUACCUGCUCAUGGAGUUUGUUCAUGGCGGGGACCUCUUUGACGCCAUCACAGAGAACGUGAAGUUCGACGAGCACCACACAUCCCUCAUGAUCAGGGACAUAAGCAAAGCGUUAGCCUAUAUACACAGCAAGAGCAUCGUGCACAGGGACCUGAAGCCAGAGAAUCUGCUGGUCCAGCAUAACCCAGAUGGAAGCAGCACUCUGAAACUCGCUGAUUUUGGGCUGGCCAUGGUGGUCACCGAGCCCAUCUUUACUGUUUGUGGAACCCCAACCUAUGUGGCCCCUGAAAUACUCUCAGAAAAAGGUUAUGGCUUACCUGUAGACAUGUGGGCGACUGGCGUGAUCCUCUACAUCCUGCUAUGUGGCUUUCCUCCCUUCCGCAGUCAGGAAAAGGAUCAGGACGAACUGUUUGAGCUCAUACAGCAGGGGGAGUAUACCUUCCUGCCCCCCUACUGGGACAGUAUUUCUGAUGGUGCCAAGGGGUUGAUCAGAGGGCUGCUUCUGGUGGAUCCUGGGACGAGGCUAACAGCUGAGCAGGUGCUACGUCAUCCAUGGGUGCAGAGUGAAGCUCGAGAGGGCAGCCUCCAGGAGGACGGGAACACGGUCAAUGCUAACAUCUCUGUUUCGAGCCAGCAAUCCACUGAACAGUAAUCCAUUUUGGGGACAUGCAGUGACAUCGGUUGGCUGACUGUUUGGUAAGGAGGAACGUUGCAGGAAAAAAAUAGAUUUGCCAGGACUUUGUACAUUUAUAUGGACUCUGGCCUCUGAUUUUUCAGAGUAACACCAUCACAAAAGCAGAGGAAUGUGACUGAAAGAAUGGGUUUCUAUUCCACAGCCACUGACAAGAGAAGCUGGCUUCAUGAAACCCAUAAUGGAUGGAGCUGCCAUGUAGUCUCAGUGGACAAAUGGCAUGAACAAAGUAUAUCACUUUAUUCACCUCACCACUUGAUUGGUUCAGAUUAGUGAGUCACUGAUAACAUAUGACCCCCCAGGCACUAUGGACUCAGGAAACCUCCGUUGUCCCACAGUUACCAUGGCAAACGGCAGCUAAUGGAAUCUGCAGGAAGCUCCUGUUCAAAAAGGAAAAAUAGGCCAUAUUCAUACACACAUAAGAGAAUGUUCAGUUCCAUUCCAUCAGUACAGAGAUCAAUUUUUUAACAAAGUGCCAAAGACACCAUGCGGUUGGCCCUGAAAUUUCAGGAUGUCAUA